GAGAAUAGACUCAUGACAGCAGAUAUAGAGAGUAACAGAGAGAGAGAGAGAGAGAGAGAGAGAGAGAGAGAGAGAGAGAGAGAGAGAGAGACCAAGGACAGACAGCACUGAAGGGAGGGGGGAAAUACACACACUCUUCGUCACACCUUCCUCACAACCUCACACAGCUUCUGAGAGACACAGAGCACAUCUUGACAUUGUGAGGAAGAUGCAUGUCUUCAUCAGAGGAGCAUCCAGGACAGGAGAAUAGCUAAAAGCAAAGAGACAAAAUACAUGCCAAGGACUACAAACAGAGAGAGAGAGAGCAGAGUGAGCCCGGAGGGAAGGACAGCAGCUUUCAGAGAGGGUAAAACAGGCAGAAAGAGGCAGCAUCUGCAGGUUUAUUCUGAUGCUUUUAAAGCAACUGGAGAAUAAUUCUUAAAUAUCCGACUUUGAGGGUUUCUCCUUCUUUUUUGCACACUGACAUUCACUCUUUCUCUUAGUAUCUUGCUGCUGCUGCUGCUGCUGCUGUGAGGUCAUAGUCUCCAGCACUCACUGCCAGAAAACAAGGACUGCUUUUCAGACCUGACACCAUGAGCGAGGGGAAGAAAGGUGAGCUCGCCAUCCGGGAUAAAGCCAUCCUGCACCAGCAGAGGCGUCUCAAGCAGGCCACCCAGUUCACACACAAGGACUCGGCUGACCUUCUGCCCCUGGACGGGCUGAAGAGACUGGGCACGUCAAAAGACCUGGUGAGUGGAAUCACAAAUGUGUGCUUGAGGACAGCGGUUUGUAAAUGACUUGAUCUGAGAGGCUGUUGUUUGUGCUGCAGGGUGCUGUGGGGAUGGUAGAGGUUAAGUUUGAGUGGAAGUAGGUGUGAGGUGCUUAACGGCAUGUCUAUUGAUAGUUUAAAGGGAUGAUACAAAUGGUGAAAGUCAUAUCUAGAAAGAUUUCUGACUUUUCGGGCUAUUUGGUCUUUUUUUUGGAUGAAAAAUCUAAAGAAAGAGAAGAUGUGAGUUCACCUCUGUAUAGCUUCUUAUUUGAGACACACCAAGCCAAAAUGCUAGUCUAAGUUGGCUUUAUUCACAACUACAGAACUAGACUGACAAUAGUCCAAAAGCGAGUCAGCUGUGCUAUGCUAAAAGCUAAUGUACCCUUUAGCGGCAAACAUUAAAGCUCCUGUGAGGAGUUUUUUGACAUUAAUAAAAUAACCUGAAAUUCACGUUGAUGCCUUUUUUUAUGAAGCACAAUAACAGAAAAGAUUUUCAUGUUGCACUUUUUAGAGCCUGAGCACCUGAAAAAAACAACCCUGUUUUUACAUUUUCUACAUUAAAUAUUCACGAUGAAUGAUACAUUUGACCGUCACAAGUAGCAUAAAAAACUUUUGUUUUGUUACUGUUUGGAAAUGUAGAGAAAAAGAUAGAUCACUUUGUCCACAGGGGGCGCCAAAAUUAAUGCAAACUCAAUAUCCCUCACAGGAGCUUUAAGCAGGGGUGAGCAGGGGCACUCAAAGGUCUAAUGACAUUCAAGUAUUGCUGUAUGCAUGCUCAGUAAAAGCCCGCCUCUUUUACUACAUUUUCUGUUGGUCUACAUCUGGGCUAACUCACAUAUUUUGUAAGAAAAAACAGAAAUAGAUAGAAACUAGCUGCAUUCUGGUGGCCUAGUCAUGUAAAAAUAAGCACUUGACUACUAAUACAUGUGUAUUAUCAUCGUUUCCUGCAGCACUAUUAUCUGGUUUAGCUCUAAAUGCCAUUGAGUGCAGCCUUGAAAUGGAAAUUUAUCGCUGAAAUGGUCAUUAAAGAUUCAGAGUCCGGUGCUCUGCAUACAAAAGAGGAAUCAUUGAGUCAAAGCAUGUUACAGUACACUGUGCAGGGCCCUCAGACAUACAGAGAAGCCGUUAUACACUCAGAAACACACACUCACAUACAUAUAAACACACUAAGGCUGACACACACAUGAUGAAACCCAGUCCUGAAUGUUAAGUACAACCUCUUCACCCCCUCUUCCUCCACAAGCUCACUUAACCGAAAAACUGUUUUACACUCAGGAGGAACUCCCUGUAAUAAUUUCUACAAUUUAUUACUCCACCUCUCUGCUGACACAGUUCUGGUUUGAUGGUGGCUUCCCAGAUUCCCCAGAGCUCUCAAAAGAACCUUCACACAAACGCUCUGGCACCGGGAAGCGGCACUAGCUCUGCUCUGUGCUCUGCUAAUCUCACACUGUGAUGCAUUUAUGUGUCUGCCAGAUUUUAAUACCAACAUUUGCUGCUAGAAAAACACUCCACCCCCCCUUCCUCUUUUUGUCUUCUUUGACUGAGUCACAUUUCUUUAUUAUCAUGUUGUGAUUCAGAGGCAGAUAUGUUUUUAUACUCCUUCUCUUAUCUACUCUGUGCUCCUGGGGAAACAUUUCAUUUAAAACUCCAACUGUGGCAACAAGCAGUGGAUGUUAUCUGAGGCAUACAUGGUGAGUUUAUAGCUUUGCUAGCAGUAAAGCGGAUGGAAACUGACCAGGCUGAAAUAAAAAAAACAGCUACUGGACAAAAUGUGAUGUAAAUAUUUUAACAAUUUAAUGUUACCCUUGCUGGAUGACACCAGAUUUAUAAAACAAAUCAUGAUAUUUUUAUUGCGGUACUGCUUGAAAAUACUGGUCAUAUGUUGUGUUUAAGCUGUAGCACAGCCGCCCACCACCAGCCAAUGGUUGAUGACGACUUUCAUGAUGCUACAGAUGCUCAGAGGCUGACAGUCUUUUGUCAAUAAGCCAAUCCUCGUCUAGUGCUUGUAAACUGGGACAGAAAGACAGAAGUCCAGUUAAAUUGCCUAAUGAAGCUAUAACCAUAAAACACCCAUUACCAUCAUGUCGUUACCUGACCAUUGACUGUCAUUCUUGACCUCAGUAGAUUAAUAAAGUGAUAAUUCCACAAAAAUGUAGGAUAUGUGAUGCAAUCUGAGCCAUCAUUUUUUGAACACACCAAUUCUAAACAUUUUAAAACAUGAAAUAAAAGAUAAUAUCCAACAAGAUGAAACUCUGUUAGAAAGACUUUACUGUGAGUCGACAUCUCCUGCAGCAGCCUGAAGACACUCUUAUCAUAAUACCAAUUAUCGUAUUCUAUAAGACAGAAUGAAGCUCAUUUCAGGGCUUAUCUAAAAUCCUAUCUGCGGUGCAGCUGUGGCCACAGGGAGCCGGACACGAUUUGUCUGAAACAAGUGUUUUUCGUUGUCAGAAUAGCUGCAGGAACUUAAAGGAGGAGUGCAAAUUGGAAGGCGGUCUUCGUCAUGCCUGUAAUCUCUCCUCUGCAGACAGCCGGAGACAUGGUUCAGGCUGUGAAUAGACAUGAAUGCAGAGAGAGAAAAAGAGAGAGCAUGUGUUUCUGAGACGGUUCCCCUGUUGAACCUUCGAAGACGAGAGAUGAUUUUGUCUGAAGGAGGCUGUCAGAUGUGUUUGUUUGUCUGCGGGCUAUCUGACUACAAAUGACAGCCUGGUUUUCUUUUUGCUUUUUUUCAGAUGUGUCUCAUUUUGUAAUAAAAUCACAAUACAAUUAUCAUAUUCAUUGUAGCUUGUGGCCUCAAUAACAAAGGCUCUAUCUCUUUUGUAAGCCACCAGCCAUGUGGAGUGUUCAAACUAGUGAUCUCCUCUAUGAUAAAUGUAACAGUUAAAGAUAAUUGGACAACGUUAAAGGUGCAGUUUGUGGUAUUUAGCAGCAUUUAGAAGAGCAUCAUUUGUAGAGAUGGAAUAUAACACUCAUAAGUUUCACCUGAAUAUAGACAUAACUUAGAUGUUGUUUACUCAGAAUGAGCCUUUUGUAUCUAGGCCGCCAUCUUGCACUGCCAUGUUUGUAUCGUAGCUCAGAGUGGACAAACUACAGAAAGACCCAAGUGUUUUAUAUUCAGAGAUGUAAAGGGUGGUUGUUGUUGUUGUGCCAGAACAAAUGUUUAAUUUAUGAUGGUAAAACUUGUCAAAUAGAGGAUCAGGCGUCACAUGAGCUCUCUGUCCUUAAAAACCUCUGUAGCUUCGCUAAUAGGAGGGGUGAGCAAGGGAGCAUUUUCACCUAGAAUCUGUCUAAUUAAGCUAAAUGUUGCCAUUUCUAUACUAAAAAUUUGGUAUAGUUUGUCUCUUAAAAUUGGAAAAUUUGCAGUCUUUGUUUAAUUCAAUUUCUGAUUGAGUAUCUUUGAAAGAUAGAGGGAAAAUGGAGGACUUGAAAUCAGUACUGGGGAUAAUCAUAAACUUAAGAGAGUUGAAAAUACUGACUCACUGAUCCUAACAACAACAACAAAAAAAAUCCAUUUAUCAAACACCUCCAAACACCACAGGUUCUUUUUUCUCAGAUUUGCUGCAUCUCUUUGGACCAUAAAACCCUAAAUUAUAAACCUUUUUCAGAAAGACAAACUGAAACACAAAUUCAAUUUAAAAAAAUCUAUGUGAAAACUGCUACUGGUUUAUUAUUAACUGGAUGAUCAAUUUGAGAUUAGUUUGACAAUAUUUCACCAAAUUCAUUCAUUAUUUUUUAAAGAGAAAAGCGCUGAAUUUUCUCUAAACUGAAGAUUGCUUGUUUUGCUUCACGUAAAAUGGAGUGUUGUUCAUAAAAAAAGUUAAAAAUGGGAUUCAUUUUGUUGGAAAAGCACAAAAAAUCAUCAGCAAAGAAGUUGAACUUGACAUGACUUGACAUGAACUUCAACAAAUUGGUCAUGAACAAGGAAAAAUACCUAAAAUUUUCUGGUUUUACUCCCUCAAAUUGAGAGAUUCUCUGCUUUUUGUCACGGACAAUCUUAAAGUAAGAAAAGAAUCAUAGUCUACCAGCUAAUUGAGCGAUGAUUGAUCAAUGUUUAGGAUGGUACAACUUGGUACAACUACUAGUCUGAAAAAUACAAGAUGUUUUGAAAUAUCACCUUUUUCUAUAUUUUGACAGUUUCCAGACCUUACAAGCAAAAUAAAGAACGAUAAGGCCAGUUAUCCGCAUCCUUAUCUCCAUUCCUGCCAUCCUUCCUCUUAAUUUGUGCUUGCUGUCCUGUCCUGUCCGCUGUGUAAUUCAGCAGCAGCGCCUGUUAUGUAAGAGUGAAUUUGUUUUGCUGCUCUUUAGCCCGAGGUCCUCUCACUCUCAGCUGCAGCAGCACCACUCCAGCCAUGUUGUGUUGUUGAGGAAGGGGAGCAGUGAGCAUGAAAAGGGCAAAAUCUACAGUGCGAACGCAAGAGCGAUGAAGAGGAAGAGAAGAGACGGCUGGAGAUAUAUAAGGUCAAGGAGGACGCUUGGUAUAGUGUGGAGGUUUUAUGUUACACAAUGAAGAGCGUUGAGUACAUGUGUGAGAAAUGUAUAGAAAGUAAACCAGACAGAACAAGAGUACAUACUGUGUGUGGAUGUGUGUGUGUGUGUGGGGGGGAUUGGGUUGGAAAAAUCUAAGCCUGGUUGCAUUAACACCUGAGCUCAGCAUGGACCAAGUUAUUGUGUAACCGCUGAGUAACAUUAGUGUUUCAGCUGCACACAGUCGAUAGUGGCUCUUAAAAGCUACACAGAGGGACAUCUUGAAAUAAGCAGUGAUUAUUCUGUAAUCAAGCUCCCAGAAAAUACUCAAAAAUUAUAAAUAUUCAUUUUAUUUUCAUGCCAAAUGUUUAUAAUCUUAACCAGGUUUCCCAGGUUUUGCAAAGAUUGACAUUGUAAAACUUUAAACGCCUACAAAUUCACUUAUUUAUGCAGGCUCCUCUCAAAGAUACACUGUAGUCUGUAGGCACAUGUAAAAAAACAGACCUAUAAUAUUCAGAAUAAUGAGUGUACAAUCAUACAGUCUAUAAAACCUGUUUCUGUAUGGCCUUCAACUGUACAUCUAUACGCAGAUCCGUUUGUACGUGGGCCUAUUUUGAAAUUUAGUGGGUGGUUGUGCAAAAUGCCUCGUUCAGAAGACAAAGAAGAAAAGAGAGGUUGUUGUGUGUGAAAAAAAAAGUACUGAUAGCUGUUUUUGAUGAUAAGAGUUUAGCAAAUGGAGGAUCAUGCGUAUUGUGCAAUGCAUCACAGCACCUUCUUGACCUCAAAGGCCACCAUCCCCUCACAGAUAAGAGAGUUGAGCAAAGGACAUUUCAGUGUAGAGUUGCUGAAUAUUCCGAUUUCUAUGCACUAAGUGAAAGUCAUAAAUAAAAUCAACAGCUAAAUUAAAACUAUCAAACUUACCAGGUUAGAGAGCGGAAUCCCAAAGCCGCCCCCUUUUGCCCCGCCCCCUGUAAAGGAGGGCGGGGCACUAGGACAAAGGAGUUGUCCUAGUGCUGCUUUACAACAGAGAGAGAAAGAAGGCAAAGUAUAGGUCAAGAUGUGCUGAAAAUGAAAUUAAAAAAAAAUGCAGUUCCACCAUUGUCCAUUAGAGGGUGGCUCCAAAAGCCAAGACAUCUCUAUUUGGUCCCAUGUUAAUACUAACAUUUUUAAAAGUAGCAGAAUAAAGUCACUUAUUUGUCAGUAAAGAUACUGUAAAGGCUGAGUGUUAUGCAUUAGUGUGCAUAGUAAGUUGCAUGGCUGGUGUAACUGCAUAUGGGAGCUAUUUUCCAGCUGUUCCACCUCUUCGUCUGUGUCUAGGCUGAUUGAACAAGAGCUUGAGUCAGCAUUUCCAGUAGGAGGUUAGGCAGUCAGCUUUAUGGGUCCUAGUGCGGGAAUUUAAAUGGAACAACACAAGCUGUUUUCUCCAUGCUUCACUUGGCUCAUUUACUCUGGUAAAUAAAGCAAUAGUUUUCAUCUCAUCUAACUCUCAAAAAAAGGAAAGCUAUAGUUUCCAAGUUUUGCAAAAUGGCAUGUCAGGUAGACUGAUUUUACCUACUAAGCCUCUGAGACUUCAACCCUUUUUCAAAAUUCAUUAAUCUUUUGGUAGAUAACAAGCUCCAGAAAGAAAAACAUCUUCAUUUUAAACAUGUGCUCUGAUUUUGUUGUGUACACCUCCUGUGCACAGCGGAGCGUCUUUCUCCCUGCUGCUUAGCUGUCUGUUUGCUAACGUCUCUCUCACACAGAUGAGUGAGCCUGAAACUGUGUAAUAGCGUGUGUUCGUGAGUCGGAGCCUAUCUAAUGGAGACAUUGCAGUCUCCAGGUAAUUUGGAGGAUGAUCAAAAACUCAAGGCUGGGCCUGAAUUCAGAAAUGUGCCAAAAGAGGAACAAAUAUGAGAACAAAUGAGCAGCUGUGUGAAUUAUGUCCAAAGACUGGGGAAAGAUUGUUUAUAUUGAGCAAAUUUUUUCGUAUAAUCCUUCUUUUAUAGCUUUAUGCAAAUAUUUGACCUACAAACAGCGCAGUAUAGCUGUAGAGCGACAGAUGACUGAAUAGUAGUGUCACUCACUUUGAUCACGGGGCUCUAGGGAUUUGGACUUUUUCUACACCCCUGAAACAAAGCAUGUUAAAUCGCUUCAGAUGCAGCUUUAUUAUUAGCUCUAGAACAAUCAGGCAAGCCAGAAAGACGUGAGCAUAGAUCUGCCUCCCUGUGUGUCAUCUAGAGUUGAGGAUAGGAGGGAGCUGAGCCCCCCCUCAGCUGCUCCCUCAGUACAGUGUAGAGAUAAAAAUACCUGACAAAGACAAGAAAACAAGCCCUCACAGCAGAGGGGAGGAGAACUCACCAUACUGGGUAGAGGUUCAAUUGUUGGUUACUCAAGCUUUGAUACAUGAGGUCUUCAGAACUGCUCAUUUCGAUGGGUAAAAACAUGAAGCAGAAAUUCCUGAAAGACAUGAAUUUUAGCAGCAUUAAAAAAACAAAUCCUGAUGGCUCUAAGUUUGGAGCUAUCAGAUUAUUUUGAAAUAUUAUUUACUGAAUAAUCUUAAAAUUAAUGUAAUUCUCAAAAUAUCUAUCCCAAAAUGUAAAAUCCUUUUUUUUGUCAUUAGUUUUUCUUUUAACAGAAAAACAAACUUACCUCUGUCGAGACUAAGGUCAAGAGGGAAGUACAAAAUUAUGAGUUUUUUUAGGGUCCUUGACCGUUCAGCUUUUGGAACCCCACUGCACACCUCAGUGUCCAUUCCUAAUGGUCUCUCAUGGUCUAAAAUCUGGCUGUGUCAAAGGGAUAUUUUGGCGUAAAAUUAAGUUAGGGUCAAACACACCGCAACAUCAAGUUAGACACCCAGUUCAGAGAGCCACGCGCUCAACCAAAACGCCACUCUAUAGCCACAAAUAAUGCUCAGAACAGCACCUAACUUCAUCAACAGUACAUAUAGGGUCCGAGCCAUAGUACUAGCCACCAAACAUCUUUUUAACUUUGACUAAUUUCUUCAGCAAAGAGACUAAACACAACUCACCUACUCUCUUCCAGCAGCCGCUUGUUUGUAGCGAGACCUCUGGGCGAGUCCAUUGACUGCUGCGGGGUGACGCAGCUCAAGGAAGAACAUUUAUGAUAAUUUCUUUAUCAUUUCCUUGAAGUGAUAAUCAUCAUAUUUAUCAUCUUGUACAACAGACGCGGUAGUUCUUGUGCCUUAGCGUCUCGGUCUGAUUGCAUUUUCAUGAAGUCACAAUCACUGCUAUAGAGUGGCGUGUUGGUUGAGCACGUGGCUCUCUGUAUUGCUAUCUGCAGUCAAACUACUAACUAAAGUUGGUAUAACUAGAGAAGCAAGCGGUCAGCAAAAUUCAUCUCUUGAUGGGGUGUCUAACUCGGUGAUAUGGUGUGUUUGACCCUAACUUAAUUUUACACCGGAAUAUCCCUUUAAAUACUUGAUUCUGAUUGGUCAAAAUCCCACAACAACACUGUUUUAAUUCUUGAAAGCAAAUUGUUGCCUCGGACUAAGUGAUCCCUCACACCAAAUGGAAAUAAAUAAUGGACAGGAGUCUGGUAAUGUGACCUCUGCCUGUUGACACUGUGGCAAAAACAAACCUCUGCCAGUUUCUGCUUACAUCCAAAACUCUCCAACAGCCUCUCUAAGCUGAGAUAACACAGCUCAGCUUUGCAUGAAGGUCCUACUCACCCUGGAAAAGUGGAGUAGUUUGUUUUGAUGGACUAAUCAUUCAAUCAGCUGAUUCAUUCAGCACUAAUUAGAUCUGAGCACCAGGAGACACACUGGAAAAUGUUGUUACAGACAAGGUCGGCUGAGUGGUCAAUGAAUCGUCUAAUGAAAAUAAAAACUGUUGAUUCAUCUGUUGUCGUCACUUAAUGACUAAUCACCUUAUCUUUUAGCGUGGCAAACUGAUUAUGUCAAGUGGAACAGACCCGCAGAAAUAUUAUUGACAAAACUAUUUCCAAACACCGAACAAAUGACUUGAGAUUUGGGGAUUUGUGGAAGCGACAGAAGGUGAUGUAAGAAAGUGAAAGAGGAGGAGGAAAUAGAGGAGGAAGAGGAACAGGAAAGCAGGCGGCAGAUGUGGAGCUCCUGGAGACCUCCUGCUCGGUGCGACAGGAAGUGGGUCGCUGGGGACCUCUGUCAGAAUGAGAAAGGGGGCAUUAGAAAGGUCACAUGACCGUGCUGGAUGAGAGAGAGGAGCCUGUUGCAGACAGAUAAUUAGUCCACAUUGCAAUUAGGCUCUAAUCUGUCUCACAGAGGGAGAAAUCCAGAGAAGAGAAACUGAGACAAAGACUCGGAGAGGAGGAAGAGCACUGGCGUCAUACAUUAGCGGUUAUUCCCCCAUCCCACAGGCAGAUAACUGGUUUAAACUGGUUUGAAUUCCGGGGUCAUGACAGGACUCAUAUCAGCAGCAUCAGCAGCAGAACACGUAUGAACAGACAGGGGUAGCCUGAAUUUUUUAGACAUGGUCGGUCCACUCACAAAAUACAAGACUAGUGAAGACAGUUUCCCAUAUUUCACUCAAACAUGAUACGAGGGUUUUUUAUUUACCAAUAAAACAGAUAGAAAUAGUUACCUUUGACCCUAUAUGACCUACAACAGCGAACAAGAACAUCUGAAAGAAGACUGAUGACUUCCAAGGAUGAUAUUUUGUACUUCUCUGUACAACAAACGCCUUUGUUCACAUUUCCCACUAGAAAGCUUCAAAGAGGUACAUUUGAGCUCAAAAUGAAAACAGGAUUUGAUUUUUGGUUUAGUUUAGAUGUACUGCCAUGAUUUACUUGAGGUAGUGGCAAUUUCACUUCAAGAGGCUGUUUUACACAAAAAUGUAUUUCAUAGAAAACAGUUGAUUAUUGUUGAGGUUUAGUUUUUUCUUUUCAGUGGAACCACAUUUUGAGUUUAGAAACCAGCUUCCACAGAGGAACGUCACCCUUUCCCUCACACCAUAAACUGGCAAAACUGUGAAAAUGUCACGGUCACACCCUUUUCAUUUAUAUCAUGAAUGUUUGUUUGUAAAAAACAGCUCAAUAAAGGGACACUCAUACGGGCAGGUGUUGGGCUUCUCCUUAGUAGUGUUUCAUCAGCUACUAGCUUGGCAUGCAUAUACCAGCAUUUUCAGAUACUCUUGCAGGUCCAUGUGCAGCCAAUUGUUUUCACAGCAUUCUCAUGAGAAUACAGUGUUUUCAAAAACACUUCAGUAUUUUUCAACCUGGGUCCUCUUUUCCUGUGUUUGUGUGUGGAUGACUGAGCUGUUUCUGAAAUUGAUCCAGUAUUGAGGGAAAGCGGAGCAGCUGGCAGCUGUGAAACGAGCUAAAAUGUCGUUUGACUGGGCGAUUGUGCAUCAUUAAACUGCGCUGAAGUGCUUUUCAAUAUUAUUUUACCCUUUCUUCAUAUAAAAAAGAUCAAAUGGAAGAUGGUGUCUGGCAUUCUCAGUGUUAUUAUUAUUACUUUAACGCUCGUUUGAGGAUAAUAAACAACUAUGGGACAUAAUACAAUAAGCAGAACCAAAGAUUCAAAAUAAUAUCAUCCAUAAUGAAUCUGCCUGCUGUGAGAAAUGAACAGAUGAGACCUAAACGCUGCCAAUUUCUCCUCCAGUAAAACGAUUCACUGUCAGAUGAAGUGAAACAGCAGGAUGCAUCACAUUCAGUUUAUUAGGUCUUAAUGGGACAGCACUGGUUGCUGUCUUUGUUAGAUUAUAUGACGGGGAAUCCUCCAGGAGACCAUAUGAUUGAUGACAAUUCACAUUUUCUCAGCCUGUUAGCGAGCAAUCACAGGACUGAGGUGUGAAAUAUGUACAAACCCUCCAAAUGUGACAAGAAGAAGGAUUUUCUCAUAUAUUAGAGACCUGUGGAGUUAAAUGGAUUAACAGAGCAGCUGUGUUUUAUCAGGAAUAAAGUGGAAAUGGAAUGAUAGAUUAACUGUGAAGUUCAGGAACUUUGUUGUAUGUUUCUUCUUUCUCUGCAUGGUGUUUCAGCUCAAAGACAGAAUUUAAUCUUUUCCGCAUAGAAACUAAAGACAAUAAUGAACGAUCUUUUGGUGUCGGAGCUGCAAUUUCUUAGCAAAGAUACUCUCCGUGAGUUUUCCACUUCAACACAAAACCUUUUUAGUUAGACGCCUUCACGACAUGAUUCACGAACUUGACUCACUCCAACUUUAAAAGUAACAGACUGUAUUUUCAAGAUGGUCAAGUUGCUGUGACGUCAGGCUUGGUUUGGACUGGGAAGCUCAAAUAUUUAUAUGCCUCACUGCUCUGUUCAAGGUUGUAAACUAUCAAAAAUCACAAGCUAUGUUCUGAUGGAAGAGUGAAGUCUGGAUUUUUCCCUCUGGGAUGUCGUUUUCAUUUACCACCUGAGGAAAGUACAGAUUCUCCAGGUAUUUAACAUGUUCGUUUUUGCAUGACACCUCAUGUACAUGGCCUUUGGGGAUACAGCUCAAGUGUAGUAACAUCCUGGUCAAAGAUAAUGAGAAAUCAUAUAUUGCACUUAAACUAAAACACAGCGUGGGUCAAGUCUGCGUGUUCAGAUUUAACUGAGUGAGGCACAAACAUGAGGUGCUAAGUGUUUUUUAAAGUACCUUUAAUCGUCUUCAUUUUUCCUGCGUUUUCAGAAACGCCUCAUCUAAGAGCUGACCUUUUGGUAUCCCUCCAUUUCAUUUUCAUUGUUUAAUGUGUUUUGUACCUCACUUUUUGUUCUAUAUCGAUGUAACAGUUUUACACAAAACCACAUGAAUUCCUCAUGAGCAAAAUCACAUGACGAAAAGUUAGUUAUGACAGACAUAUAUUGUACAAGUGACACAUUUACCUUGAGUCCAUCUGGUCAUAUGUGGGUUAUGGGAGGACUUUGUUAAGGGGAGUAUUUAACUCAUACAGUUUAAAUAUGAAUAUAAAUAUUUUGAAAGAGAAGGGGGUUCUGCUUUAGGAGAAAAUCUAUAUAAAAAUAAAUAAAAAAAAUAUUGACAUCCAAAAUAAUGGCACGAAAAAAAACGCUCCUGGUGUGAAAGGACCUUUAUCCAAUUAUGUUAACUGCUUCUCUCAUAAUUAUGAUGCUUCAUUCCUUCAAAGCUCAGUGUUGCCAUAGACCAGCUGAGCCCACAUUCAUAUCAAAGUUCAGCUUUGCCUGUUGACACUGUGGCAAAAAUGUCAGCUUCUGUCAGCAUUAAGAACCCUUUCAUGGGUCAUUAUAUUGUUUCCUUGUGAGGUUUUUUUUUAAUUUAUCUGCUAAAUUCUUCUUAAUUUUCGAAGAGAGCCAGACAAAUCAAACUGAAGUUCAUAAUAAUUCACCUCUAGUUGUAUCCGCACCUCGGGUCUCUCACUGCGUGACCCCUCGCUGCUCUGCUGUCUUGCAGUUACACAUGUAAACAAAGCUGCAUACAAAUUACAAAGUGCAAGACUGCGACUAACCCUCGAACCGUUCAACAGGACAAGGGCAUGGAAGUUUGACACUGUGAGGCUGCAGAUCCUCCAGAGAGGCUGAAUUCGUGAUGUUUUUGCAAGUGAAAUCAAAACUUUGCUUUAAAGACAACUAGGACGACAUUAUAUAAGAGCUUUAAUUUGUUAUUGAAGGUUUGAACUGUAAUUAUCAAAUGAGAGAAAUACAAUUCAGACGCUGGUACUGAAGUGUUUGAAGAAAAAAAAAAACAGGGUUUAAAAAGCAUUUAGUCCAGUCUGAAGUGUAACCCCUCGCUGGUUUUGAUUUGUUCAGAUGUCGAGGAGCUCUGUGUGAAAAAGCUUCUCUUUAAGUGGAACUCCUGCCGAGAGGAGAGGAGAGGAAAAGAUUUUCUCUGAGGAUUAGGAUUACUUUAAUGUUCAAGUUGGGGUUUAAGGCUGGAAGGAAAAGAAAUAUGGUCUUGAUGUCUAUUGAUUGUAAUGAAAGGCGGACGGGGAGGCAUGAAAUGUGACAAGAAAGAGGAGGAGGAGGAGGAGAGAUGAGAAGGAGAAAAAGAAAUGAAGAUGGAAGAGGAAGAAAAGAGCAAAGGGAGAUUGCAUGGAGAGGGGGUGAGGAUAGGUGACAUAAAAUGCAAAGGAGGAAGGAGGGUGAAAUUGAAAAGGGGAAUGAGUUGGAAAACAGAGGAAGGAAGAGAAGAGGAGAGGAGAGGAGUCAAGAGGAGAGAGUAAUGAGGAGGAGAGCAGGGAGGAGGAGAGGCCAUCAGUGGUCUAACAGCUGCUGGGCCACAGCUGGAGCUCAGAGGGGAACCAAUGAGCUGAAUCAGUGUCAGGUGGUGAUUACUGGCUGCUUGUUUCGGGCAGACAUCCUCACAGAAAGGUCUAUAAAAAGAAAAGAAAUCUACCUCAGGAACACUUGAUUUUCACAGCGUUUGAUUCAGAUUCUUAUGGAUCAGACAGGCCGUCAGAAAUGCCUCCUCCCUAUUCUGUCGAGGUGUUGGACUGAGCUACACAUUGACAGAUGAAUGUCUGACACCAAGAGAGAGCAGGUGACGCAUAAAGACAGAACAGAGAGACAUGUCCAGACAUGAAAUGACAUGGUUACAGCCAGGAGAAGUCAAAAGGCUUCAUCUGUUGAGUCCUGAGAUAUCCUUUCUUGUGCUAUCGUCUAUUUUCUUUUUGUCUCUUCCUCCCUGACGCCCCGGGAAAUCGCCCUCAUCUUCAUUCAGAUUCUGCCCAGCAAUACUUAAACAGCCGCACUGUGCAGCCUUGCCAUGUGCAUGUUAAUCAGAGCAGAACAUCAAAUAAUGGACAGUAAUGCAAGGGGGGGUAAAUGCAGGAAGGGGAAUAGCAGGGUCUCCCAUAUUGUCUGGAUUAGCUUCCUUUCACUGGAGAUCAGAGCGGCACAAAAGCAGCCGCAGGAUGGAGUUUACUCCCAGACAAAAGAGGGUUAUUGUUCUACGAUCGAGCUUUGCUUUUGUGUGAGCACACAACGCUAUCACUCACAAGUCUUGUGUAAUAGUUCGAUUCUAAUAAAAAUAUGAACAGAAGGUUGCACGCAGCUCUCACAGGACAAAAACACUUUAGUUCGACCGCAACCUCUAAUGAAUGUCGUAACUAAGAGAGGGGAUGUUGGUGAUGAACAAGAAGUUUGGAUAGAAGAUGGAUAAGGUUUUGUCACUUUUUCAACACAUUUAAAGUUCCCAUGAGAAAUUUUUUGGCUUGGAGGCAGCAGAUCUGAAAGUCCUGGAAGUUACAGAUAAAAAAGGUUGGCAAAGUAAAACUGCUGGCACAAGUUUGGACCAUCUUGUCUUUUUAUACGGGGUCAGAGCUACAAAGAGCUACUCCGGCUGACUGUGCUCACCCUCUUCAUGCAGAGUACAAUCUGCUGCCAUCUGGUCAGAGGUAAAGUCUGCCCAGGUGUAGGACAGCAGACUGAAAAGCUCAUUUGUCUCUGGCACUGUUAAACCUCCUGGGUUGAGUGAUUUAACUUGGACUACUGUCUCGUCCAAGUUUAUCAGCACCUGGCAGCAAUAGUAGUAGUUGUAACAUUAGCUUUCGACUACUCAGUUGUGACCUAUUAGGCACCAAAACAAUUGACAAACCAUAUAAGGUCUACAACAAGAAGAACAUCACCACUUUUACAGCUCUGUACCUUUCAUUUGUACGAUACAACAGAUUUGUGUUUUUAACGUCUGUUCUUAGACUGUUGAGUUUUUAUUUUUACCACUCGACUACCUGGAAAUGCAUCCAUGCUGUUAAACUUUGGGCUCAAACUUCUAUCGCACAAACUCUGGAGCAGAUUCGGUGUUUCAGCACAUCUCACACAUCAGAUUUGUAGACCAGGCCAACGUCUUGAAAUUGUCAUGGUCCUCUAGGCCUUCUUCUGUCAUUGUUUGGUGAUCCAACUCUAAUGAUCACAUGCUCCUUGCAGGCACUUGAGCUGAAAAAAGUGUCCAAAAACAUGAUUCAUCAUAGCAGGUUGUGUAUGAGGUUAAAUAAUGUUGCGUUUGAGUUACCUCGGAAGUCAGAUGUCAGAGCUGAAAAUGGCGUCACACCUGAGUUACCAGCGUUUCAGUUACCAGGUCAGAAAAAAACGAAAUCGGAGGCGAAAACAAGAUGGCUACUUUUAUGAAAGUUAUUUUAGAACUUGCCUUGGCUGAAUAUAAGGCAAGCGCUAAAAUAAAUUUCGUAGAUGUAGCCAUCUUGCUUCAGGCCUCCAAUUUAGCUUUUUUUCUGACUUGGUAACUGAAACGCUGGGAACUCUGGUGUGACGCCAUUUUCAGCUCGGACAUCUGACUUCCGAGGUAACUCGAACGCAGCAUUAUUUAACCUUCAUACACAACCUGCUAUGAUGAAUCAUGUUUUUGGACACUUUUUUUCAGCUCACAGACUGACCUCUAGACCCUUUCUCUAAGGCUGAGCCCUGAGAACCUUUGGAGGAAACUCAUAAUUGCCACUUACAUUUAUUUUAUGUAUGUUUUCAUCAACACUGUUGUCUUUUUAGUUUGGAGAUCUGCUCCUAAGUGAUAAGAUUCAACCAAAAUAGUAAGCUGUUACAAGGUCUUGGGGGAAUGGUAUGGUUUGGUACAUGGUUGGGUAAUAAUACGCCCAGCAUUAAUCAUUUAAUGGCAUCUAGCUCUGGGCUAUUUAAGGCUUAUCUUAAUGUUUCCAUAACAAAGAUAAGCCUGAAACUCUUCAGAUGUUAAAGACUACAAAGCAGCCUCUUUCAAACUUCAGCAUCAACAGACGACAUGCACCAAAUUUACUGAUGGAUUCUGAACUAUUUUAAGCUUUUUGAGAUGCUAAUUUCAGAUGGGAAAAAGUUGGGAUGUGACAACUUUAAAGGUUUUCUUGCUGCAUCAGUAUCCGUGGAAGUUGAUCGCUGAUAUCUAUCUGUUCUUUAACGUCCUAGCUUUAUCUUGAAAUCUAGACAAAACACAACAGAGGAGAUGAAUUUCAUCACUUUAUUCUUUGCUUUGUGUACAUUUAGAGCUUAAGUGUUUGAUGAAAAUGGCUGUAAAGCUCCUGUAGGCUGUCGAGUACAGAAACACCUUGAAAACAGAGCAGAGCACAUGCUUUGUGUUUUAUUAAUGCAGCGUCUGUGCUGGUGUUUGGUGACGUGCUCUUUUCAAAGCUCGCAGUCUGACGGUCUGCACCAUGACUCUGCUGAAGGACAAUGUGAUUACAGAGAAACAGAAAGCUUUAAAUAUGAUUAACUUUUUCAUAUGAUCCAGAAAGAACAACCAGUCUGUGAACAUGCGCUGUUUCAAAAAACACUGGAAAUGUGUCAUUGAGUUCAUGACAGUUGUGUUUUAUUCAGGAGAUGCAGGAGUAAUGAUUGAGUGUAAAGCUCCUGUAAAGCCUCAUAUAAUGCCUGUGUAGCUUUCUGCAUGGACUCUAAAAUGCUGGAAGACUUCAGGCAACAUGAGAAAAAUCUGUCUGCAAAAAGAGCAGCUCCAGAAGCCUUUAAUACCUAAUGACAGUGAUGACCUGCAUGUAUUGUCUUAUCCUCAUAUCUGCUGUCACGGAAUGAUAAUGUGACCUUUAUUUCAGGUGCUGUGAAAGCUCUAUUAUGUCAGCGAGUGAAAGUUAGCAUUUUAAAUGUCUGUGUGUUUUUGUGUUUGGUUGAAGUGAGGUAGGGAAACAUCAUAAUCACCUAGAUCUGCAGAAUCAGCUGGGAAAAGUAGCCGCUGUUGCCCCAGUUUGGCCAAAAAAAAGACUUUUCCAGAUAGUCAAUGGAAGAUGGGAAGAGAUUUAUGAUGGAGCACUGCAUCUUCAACAGCAGGAGAAACUAUCAUGCAGUCGCAGGUAGAGAGAGGAGGGCAGGGAGAGGAGCAGGACGAGGCAGGGGUGUGUAUUCGUAAAUGUCUGAAAAGCAAAGGGACAGAAUGAGCACAACCAGAGAGAGUUUGUAGAGUGCUAACAAGCUAAAGUGAGAGACAUCAUUCUGAAUCUUAACAACUUUAAAGCCCAAGUCUUGACAUAUUAAAGGGUGUUACAUGAAAGCUUGAAAAGUCUGAAUGAUUUGUAAUCAACAAAAACGCUCCCAAAGUGAAGAUUUUAAGAAUGGUUCCUUUAAGUUGUUGUUUACAUGACUUUUUAAAACAUUUAUAUCAUCCAGUUCGAUGGAAAGAGAUAGAGGCAAAAGAGGCCCGCUUGUAUUGAGUUUUUCAAAGUAAUAAUACCUCGUCUUCUUUUGUUGUCUAAAUGUACAAUAUAAGAGGAAAUGUGCUGCUCUGGUUUUGCACAAUUGCAGAAAGCUGUGUGUGUGUUUGAGUGUGAGCUUGUUUGUUGGUUGAUUCAGUGUGCACAGAUUCAGUUACAGCUUUUUAUCAGUUAUUUACAAGGCCAUGCAUCCCGGCACCUGCAUACAUAACAGAACAACUGAAUCUUUUUGUGAGUGGCUGUUCUCUCUCAGGGCCUUUUUAAGGUUUCUUAAUGGCAUUUUUUACAGAGGCAGCUUCUCAGGUUUUCCACUGGUCUGUUUUUAAAACUCAUUUCGGUAGAUCGGUGUUUUCUUGAAUUCUAUGUUGUGUAUAUAUUACUCAUGCACUCUCUCCUGAAUGUAAAGCACUUAGUGAAUGAUUUUUAAAAAGUGAUACACAAAGUUUAUUACUAGCACCAAGUGGGACUGCACUUAAAUUCAAGGCUGGUGCUCCAAUCUCAUUAAAAAGACUGAGUGUGCUGUACUAGGGAGUGAAAAUCAUCAACCGUGUUCAUCUAUAUGAAGGUAUUUAAUGAGUAACUUAUAGAACAGUCUAGUUUUGCACAUAAAUGAGUUAUUUCCAGGCUGGAUCAAAGCCAAUGUCAAUGUUAUUUUUUACCUCGCAGUCUGACACUUCAUUAAGUAUACGUUAAUUUAUAACUUGCAACACUAAGACUGAUUAUGGAGCUCAGCCUCUAAUUGGUACUAAACAUACUGAUGUAUGCACUGAAGUGAUGUUUUUGUGUUCUGAAGCAAAUGUUUUCUUUGAAAUAUGAACUCUCUUGUGCUAGAUGCAGUAAAUUGGAUUUCAUGGAUGGAGGAGGCUAAUCCUUCUGUUAAAGGAGAAAACUAUCUCUGUCUUUGAAUGUGCAGAUAAUCUGGAGUCACUCGAGUUAUGCCGACAUGUUUCUUUAACACAAUGACCCACAUAUGUUUUUUCCUUCAGAUUUUAAGUAUCAUGCGUCACAAGCUAUCUCUGACGUACUCCGUGAGAUAAUACUACUAUAAAUAUUUAUCUUUGCACCAUGCAAAGGAGGGCAGACCAGCUGGUGUCAUUUCACCUCUGAUAUACUACGCUGAGUUUACUCUCUCCAGAGCUGAUGUUAUUUCACAGCUUUCACCUCCAUUUGGCUAAUCCUGUUUCAGGCAUGUGUGGUUGUAGUGUGUCUGAAAAGAGUCAGUUUUGAUGGAAAAUGCUAAAUAACAACUGGGGAAGCAGAUGGCAGUCCACCAAUGAGUUCAGGUCUGGUCAAGGUUUAAACCUGUUAAAGAAGUUUUAAUUGAAACUGUUUUAAGAGUUACACGAGGUUGCAACAGCUCUGUAUAAGUUAACACAAAUUCCAGUUUCUAAUUCAGGGAUGAGUCAAUGCACUACUUACCGUUUGUAUCUUGCAUCUGUGGAGAUAUUUCAACUUAAAUAUGCAGUGUAGCAUUUAGGGGUGUUGAGCAGAACAGCAGUCACUUUCAGCUUUUGUCAGAGCUCAACUUUAAUUGCUGCAACAAUCGACUAAAACUACUCAGGUCAAGAUCUCAAACAACUUAUUGCUGAUUCUGGAUUACAGCCUAGGCUUAUUCCCCUUGACAUAAGCUUAGCUCAGCCUUUGAUACAGUCAACCACGAUGUCUAAAACAGUCGUCUAAAAUACUCUGCCACUGCGUCUUUUUUUCUGUGAUGCUUGGAAAGGCCUCCUCUUGUGCUGCUAUCUCUUGUGGAGUCCCUCAGGGGUCUGUCUUGGGCCCCCUUUUGUUCACUAUGAGCAAAUCCAACAUAGGCACGGUAUAGACUUUCACUGCUAUGCAGGUGACACCAAUCUUUACGCCUCAAUAAAACUUGUCUGAGGAUGUCAGACAGACAAAUCCAGUAUUCUCUUUUAAAUCUCUUUUCAUUACUAACUUUUAUUACUUGGCUUUUCCUGAUGCUUUAUUGACUGCUGGCUUUGUUGCAUGUGUCUCUCAUCUUCUAUUAUUAAAGUUUUUGGACCUUACUUAUUGUUUUCUUUUGUAAAAUGAUUGAAUUUUUACUCGCCUUGUAUAUUGGCAUGCUCCUUUUAUAUACCUAUAUUUUGAUUUUUAUUUGAUUCAGCUGAACUUGGUUUGAAAAGGGCCGUAUAGAUAAAAUUCUUCGUCUUUUUUGUUAUUAUCGUCUGACAUGUACUUCUCUAUUUCCUUCACCUCUAGCAACCUCACAGCAUCGUCCAGCGUCGCCUGCUGGAGGGUAACAUCACACGGCUGCGAGGAGAAGCCAGAGACCCCAGCAGCAGAGUCCGCUCCCCGCUGGCUGACUCCAAGGAUGGAGCUGCAGAUGCCGAGGAGAGGAGUGAGAGCACGGCAGACGACUCCACAGAGGAGAGGGAGUCUCUGGAGGAGAGCGAAAGGAGCUUACGGUCAGACGAAGAGGACGACAGCAGCGAGGCGGGAGCCAAACCAAAGACCGAGAGCACAGAGAGCUCGACCCUCCUCACAGCUCUGGUUAUUCAAUGCAAGGUAGUGCUCAGUGCAGAAUGCCUAUCCUGGCUGAUUUUUAAUAGUAUUUUAGUCUCUAGUAGUGCUCAAAAAAAGGGAGAAAAAGAAGAGACACAAAGACAGCACCAUUUUCCUACAAUGACUCAUCACUUAAAGCCCACUCUCUAUUCUCCCCUUUCAACACAUUAAAAGCUUUGCAGAUCUCAGCAGCUGUCUUGUUGGAUAAAGACGGCAGAUAUUUGAGUCAAAGUGACCAAAAGUUCACACUAGUUAACAGGUCCACACGGGUCUAACAUUCAUUAAAAGUAGACGACAGGGAUAACAAGAGCACAAGGGUGCUACAGACAGACAGACAGACAGACAGACAGACAGACAGACAGACUGUGUGGGUUUAAGGACAAGAACAAAUCAGUGAUUGAAUGUGUGCUGCAUCUUAAAGGACUCAUUUUCACCUUUAUAAUGUCAGACCAGGACACCUAAAGAGUAGCUUCAAAAAAAUCCUUAUUUAUCUUAUACUGGCAUCCUUGAAAACCCUUGUUUAGUACCAUUCAGCCUCUGCCUGAAACACUUUGUUUUGGCUGCUUUUCCACUGGUACAAAGUCAGACUUAGCUUGUGGGUGUUACUUUUUACACAGCUCUGCAGUACUGACAGAAUCUGGAAGUUAUCUCUGUACAAAAUUGUCUGAGGCUAGGUCUCCUCUAUAGCAGAAGUUACUGAUGUUACUUUCAGCUUCAAGUUCCAGUAUCAGUUGAGUUGCCAAUCCAACUCGUACUGGUCUUUGUUUACAAAGGAAUCAUUAGUAAAGUAGUGAACAACAUUUGCCAGUCUUUGGCAUACAACAGCCACUCACUCUUUCUUCUUCAUCGUCUAGCAUCCCACUGAGCAAUAGACGGCCAUUAGACGUCAAGGUUUUAUUUUUAGACCUAUUUUCAACUAUCUAGAUUCUGUAUAUUUUUAGACAGAAUUUAGAUGUUGCAUGUUAACCCAUUAUUCGAUAGCCAUUUAUUUAAAAAAGCAACUGGGAGUUGCAUAACUGAUCUCCAAAUACUUAAUCAAAAUAAUUAUGAUAGCCGUAAAGCAAUAUACAGUGUUGUAAAGAUAUAGCGCAGAUUAGAUUAAGUCUAAACUUGGUCUAAAUUUAGAUGUCUAAAAAGCUUUCAUUCUUAGACCUGUGGUAGCCUGAAUUUAGACCAGUUGUCUAGGCUACAUUUAGACGUCUAUUAGCCCUCUUUUAGACCAAAAAAUGCUCUGUGGGUUGUCCCAUCAAUCCAUUAAUGGUUCCACCAAACCCCAAAUGGUUUAAGCAAAUGAAAAGGUUUAGGAGGAAGAUGGAGUUGAAUGUCAGGAAAGUUCUUGAGGCUCUUAAAAUGGUAAAUAUGCUGUAAGUCUUCAGUAGGAAAAGCAAGAUCCACUGCCUACACCUGCCAAGGACUAACGUUAAUCUAAUCAAAAAUGAAUUUGUGUGUAAAAUAACCAUUUCCGCUCUCCAGAUUCUUGUUGGAAAGCUCUGUGUGACACCAAGAACACAGCCAGUUUUUAUCCUUCAGAAAAUUCAAUCCAGUAUUCAAAAAGUUUCUCUUCCCUGUGGUGUAGAAGUAAUGUUGUGUAUCACAGCUUCUGAACAUAUUCAGUAUUAAAAUAAGUUGUCCACCCAGGACUUUUCUGGUAAAUUCAGCAUUUUCCCCUGUUACUCAUUGUGUUCCGCUUGGUUUUAUCAUCAACUUAUUAAAUUCAAAGUGUUCCUCAGUCACUCAUUGGGCUCCGAGAGGGAGAAAGUGGAAUUUUGCAGCGCCAGGACUGAGACAAAAGAGCAGGUUUGUGGGCUUGCUGAUAAGCCACCGAGGACAAAAAGGGCUCAGCUCGGUCUGUACAGAGUGUGAGGGAUCAAAACAAGCCUCAUGGAAACUGGACGUGUUUAUUUCCGAGGGGGAAACAUCCUCAGGUCAGGAGGGGGAGAUUUAUGACGUGGAGGAGACACAUCAGAACCGAGAUGGGUGCAGGAGAGUAAAAAUCCUAGCAAUGUUAAAAAAUAUCAGACGACUUUGGCUUCAAAAAGGGGCUCCAUUAUAACCUUGACUCCAGAUGUUUUAAGUGAGGGGGUAAAAAAGGUUUCAAAGGAUGAAUGCCACAGUGAUUCCCAUGUGAGAAUUCAUUAGAAUAGACAAAGGCUCGAGUUGGAAGAGAUUAUGUCAAAGUAAGUUUGUGGGUAGAUAAUUAGUAGAUGUGUAUAAAGUAUCAUUUAGAUCUAUAGUCAUAACUUCCAAAAAUGAUAUAGCUAACAUAUUAGUCCAAACUAGAUGCUUCCCGAUUGUCCUGGGGAUAAAUCAAACCAAAGAAAUUUUGAUGUAUCACUGCCAGUCGGACCAAAAUUUGCAUAUAAUAAUCUAAAGUUAUUUAGCAUUACCCACAUAGAAUUACCUGCUGUAAAAACGACACUGAUUAAAAUAGGAAUAGUUCUAUUUUGAGUAGCUAACAUAAAUUUGAUCUCGAAAAUAGGCAUUAACGUUUGCUUACUCAUAACUGUUCUGUUUUUGGUCACUUUGCAUAAAAAACAGAUCCCUUAAUCCAUAAAGUUUUCUAAAUUGGUUUUGACCCUUGCCAGUAUUUUGCCAGUAUUUAAGUUGCAGUCUCUUUGAAAGUUUUAACUGUCUUUCUGCCUCAUGAUUUCCAUCGUGUUCAGCAAUGUGCAGUUUCUGUUUAACUGUGUAGCACCAUCUCUUUUGCCCAAGUUUGCAAUCCUGGAAGCCACCAUCACAAUAGUUCAAAUCAGCAUUAUCCAGUAUCUUGGUUGUGAAGUAUGGACCCACUCUAUGUGACGAAUUGGCCAAAACUCACAUCGCUAUCUUCGCUCUUUUCAAUCAAACCUCCACACAGCAGGAUUUAUUUACUUAACGGUGCGCCUCCUUUUCUUUCAAUAUGUGAUUAUGAUGCAAAGAGUUAAAAAAAUACUGCAAAAAAAGAAAUUAAAGGUGUAACUUUCACCUGAAAUUUCCCUUCUAUGUAGACGAUGAGUUGAUUUGUCCAUGCUAACUCUUGCCAAUGAGCAGCUUACACAGAGCACAGCCUAUGUAGUUUUUAGUCUAUUUGGGAAUAACUCAGUGAUUAGCUCCAUCUUGACCUGACGACAGCACUAAAAGAAAAAAAAAAAAAAAAAGACAUGCUGCUUCGUCCUGGGGGAAACAUGAUUGCUGUAUUGUACAAGUUUCUCUAUUAUGUCUGUUGCCUAAAUGCAAUAUCACUCAGCGGACAUCUGAUGUGUGCUUUAGAGGUAAUUAGUUUUUAGAUUUAGCCGUAAGUGCUUCUCUUUUCAUCUGCACUCGAGUAAAUACAAAUUAUCUCUUUCAAAGAUGUCACUGUGAUCCUGCAAUAAAAGUCUAAAUGACUGCAUAUUAAAAUAAAACCCCAGUCACUGUCUGCUUUCCUUUAUUAUUAGUAUUCAUAACCUGUCAAGAUCCAGUGUUUUGAGGGCUCAGUCUGCGAGGACUCUAACCUUGUUUCAUAAAUAUGUAAGCAAGAAAAUCAUAAAAGCAUAACAAGGGGAUCUAUUUGCAUUUGAUGGUGGAAAAAGCAAAUAAUUUAUACAUGGGUUGAUAUGCAUUCAGGAGCGCAGGGGUGGUGUCAACAUGUUGCUUAUCUCACAUGCAUGCAGAGCUACCAUAUGUUCCCUAUAGAUUCCUUCUUUCAUCAUUUUAUUUCCUUUACAAAAUUUGUCCUGAGGUUAGGAUUUGUAAGACACCAAGAAAAAGACUGUUUAACAGAAAGAAACCAUUUACAGACAUUUCCCACAAACCAUGACACUCUGCUGUGAAUAAUAUACGUCCUUCUGCUUCCCAUGAAUCAUGUCUUUGUGACAUGCACUGCCCUACAGGCAGCGGAGCUCGACUGUGUGAUGCAGAAGAGGAGAAACGUCAGUUAAAAUUAGGACAAGCUGCUGCUAGCACUGCUACUGUAAACUCAGCUUAAAUGAUGGGAAACUCAUUUGCUUUUGGGUGAGGCGAUAAUGCUCGGCCUUUAAUUUUGAAGCUACUUCUAGGAAUAUGGCUCUGAGGACAUUAGUAUAAAAACACAAAUUAUAAGACCGUCUUUUUCCCCUCUUUUAAUUUUUGGAAGAUUGAAAAAAAAACAAUGUAUUACAACCUAACCAGUGAUCUUAAAGGGAUAUUCCGACGUAAAAUUAAGUUAGGGUCAACACACCAUAAUACCGAGCUUUACACCCCAUCGAGAGAUGAAUGUUGCUGACCGCUUGCUUCUCUAGUUAUACCAACUUUAGUAACGACCGCAGGAUAGCAAUACACAGCGGUCCCAGGAGCCAUGCACUUAACCAAAAUGCCACUUUAUAGCCACAAAUAAUGCUCAGAACAGCACCUAACUUCAUCAACAGUACAUAUAGGGUCCUAGCCACAGCACUAGCCACCAAACAUCUUUUUAAAUUUGCCUAAUUUCCUUAGCAAAGAGACUAAACACAACUCACCCACUCUCUUCCAGCAGCCGCUUGUUUGUAGCAAGACCUUGGCGAGUCUACUGACUGCAGCGGGUUGACGCAGCUCAAGGAGGAACAUUUAUGAUAAUUUCUUUAUCAUUUCCUUGAAGUAAUAAUCACCAUAUUGAUCAUUUUGCACUGCAGACACGGUAGUUCAUCUGCCUUAGCGUCUCUGUCUGAUUGCAUUUCCAUGAAGAAAUGAUCAUAAAUGUUCUUCCUUGAGCUGUGUCACUCCGCUGUGGUAAUGGACUCGCCAAGGUCUUGCUACAAACAAGCGGCUGCUGGAAGAGUGUAGGUGAGUUGUGUUUAGUCUCUUUGCUAAAGAAAUUAGGCAAAGUUAAAAAGAUGUUUUGUUCAUUUAUUAUUAUUUGUUUAUUUAUUUUAUUUUUUUGGGGGGGGUAUUUUUUGACCUUGGGAUGACCCAGGUACACUGGCUUUCUCAGUUUGAUUCUCUCAAUCUUUAACAUUUAAAAAAGCUAACAGUUACUAAGCUAAAACCUUUAAUUUGACUAAAAGGCAUUGAGUAUGAUAUCAGUCUUUUGUCUUCAAUUGCCGAGGCUAAGGCUGAGUACCUGGGUUCGAUUCCAGUGUACAGAUAGUUUCCCAUGGUAAUAUUUCACUCUCUUCUCUCUGGAUAAAAAUGACAACACUAGCAUUUGUGUGGAACCAGUUUUACUUUAUGAAACUUUUAUACAGAAUCUUUCUCAUCUUAAAUGUGCUCUCCUCUGACAAACGGGGGAAAUAUCUGGUUACUAACUGCAUCUUUCUGUUGGGCAGAGUAGUGAGCUUUCCUCAGGUUUACUGCUGAAUUUGUUGAAGUUGUUGCUUAGAGAUCAUUAGAGGUGAAAAUAACAUUGAAUUUAGUGUCCUUUAAAUCAAAAUAAGAAGUUAGCCGUCAUAUUAAAAGCUGUGUAGCAUAGUGUGCAUAAUGAGCAUGUUCAUUACUUGUGAAAUAUUCCCAAUUUAAGACUUUGAAAAUGAAAAAUAAUCCUAAAGUCAAGUAAAGGUUGCUUGAGAUUCAAAAUCAAUGUAUUAAGAAAUAAGCAAAAUAUAGGAUUUGGGGCGGCUAGAACAAACUUUCCUCCAAUUUUAGCUCAGUGCUGAAAACAGCUGCCUAUGCCAAAAUAGGAGUGGCCAGAAAAUCAAAACAAGGAGUUCAAUGAUAUAAAGAUCUUUGUAGAGCUGAUUGUAGCUGAGUGUCAAGUGAGCCUGUCGUCAUGUGAGACGUCUUUUUACAUUAUUGAUCACUGAGGUGUUAAAAAUUUAGAUCCAGCUGCUUUAGAUGUUUUUCUGUGGAGAGUUUAUCGGUUGAGUGGUGGAGUGAAAUGCACAUGUAUGACUCGUUUGGUUAAUAUUUUAUACUCUGGAGGAAUUAUUAAGUCAGGAAAAUCAAAGUGCACCGACCGAACUGAAGGGUCAGCAUCUUGUCCGGACAGGGUCAGCAGAAUAAACUUAACAGAUCAGCUAAUAAUCAAAACCAGCUCGUGUAAUCUGUACGGGAAGUUCCUGUUGGGUUAUUUUGAGCGUGAUCAUUAACUGUCAGGCUUUGACCCUGCAUGAAACAGAAGUGCCAUGAUUCCAGACUGAAACAAAGAGUCGCUACAGAUCAGAGUGCAAACAGAAAAAAUAAAAUCUCCCCCUGUAAAACAAAAGCUGGCUCAGAAAUACUCCACAAACGGGUGAUGUGUUUUGCGUGUGCAAAGCUGAUUAGCUGUCAACUUGGACUUCAUUUUCCAGCCUGGCAGGUUCUCAAACAUGUGUGAGCUGAAUAGAUUUGUCCGAGAGAGAAGAGAUCAACGGUUUCAAAGGCUCCCCAGAGUUGUGUUAAUGCACUGUUAUGACUGGCUGUUUCCUCCCUCGUGGGGGUGCCGGAGCAGAGUGGAAAAUCACACUGUGACAUCCAAAUCUCCCCUCUGUCCUCCCCACAGUGCUGCGAGACUGAAGUCAAGGCAUCCAUCAACACUGGCAGCCAACAUAACCACAUCUCCACCUCCUGCUGCAUGAGGCUGGGGUAAGAAACGUUGCGCUGGAAACUGCACUUUGAUUUCAAGGCGGCUUUUAAGUAGUGGUUCAAACAUCAGAUAAUCAAAGCAAAUGCUGAUAAAAAUAAGAUUUACAGCAGAGUAAAAGAGUCUAAAAAUAACAGGAUGAGAAGAGAAAGUAGGUGAAGAAUUAACAUGAGAAGAAAUGGCUCAUAAAGGUGAGAUUUACAAGCUCUUACAGCAGGUUUUAUAGAUCUUAGAGACCUAGAAAGACGCUAAAAUGCCAAAUAAAGCUCUGGUUUAAGCUCAGAGUAUGUGCAUCUGCUUAAGAGUGUCAAGUAAACAUGACAUUUGUCCAUAUUUGAAUUCUAAAUGUCAUCUAAAAGGCAACAGGUAAACAGUAAAACUUUAUAAAAGUGGUGUUCUCAUUAUCCUCAAAGAGCUACAGCUGAAUAACAUCUGAGUGAUUCGACAUCCAAUAAAAAAGUUCAAGCAAUAAACCUCAAAGUGAUGUUUCACCAGCAAAUGUUUUCCCAGGAGAUUGCAGGGAUAUGAAAUAAAAGUUAGGUAUUAUUGUCUGUGUCUGUGUGUAUUAUUAGAUUGGUGCCCAGCCAGGAAAGCUCACCGUGUGGUGUGAGCGGCUCAGUGACAGGUCUGCAGCUGCAACUGGGCAGACAGAGAGUCCAGUGUUCAGCUUAUGUCAAAGGUAAGACUAUGAAAACUUACACUAUAGUUAGGAGUUAUGCAGAGACUGGAAUAAAGACUCUGGCAUGGAUUGGGUUUUUUUAGCCAUCAGAUUUAAAAGCAUGCUAGCAACUCUGUGAGGUUGUACUGCACAAUUAACGACACAUGUCAACAUGAAGCGGCUUUAGCAUAGGGCUGGGCGAUAUGGCCUCAAAUCAAUAUCACGAUAUAUCAUUAUCACCUCGAUAAUGAUAAAUGGACGAUAGCUACUCCACAAGCUGCUCACCCCCUCCCACAUUCACUUCGUCUACUUCAGCCGCUACAACUUUUGAACUGUCCUCCAUCUCCUCACCUGUAUUUCCCUCUUUUUUACGGACUGGAUGGGGUGGAGCCACGUCACCAAUGUAGGACAGCAUCUUAAAGGGACAUGAGACCAUAGCUUAUCUACACACAUCCACAACCAACUUUUAUUUAUUUAUUUUUUGGCACUGAAUACACGUUUUUUUUGUUGUUGUAAAUUUCAGUAUCUGUAAAUUUUUGGUUUAUUUCCCAGCCCUACUUUAGCACUUAAACACGUGUCAGGUUUAUUAUGUCCAUCACGGUUAGAGUGAUUAGCAUGCUGGCGUUGUACUAGUGUCAGUAAAGACAAAUAUCAGCUUGCUGUUCUUUUGGAUAGUACAUGUCACUCCAAAAUCUUUUCCCAGAUGUGAAAAACACAGAAUGGUGUUUCUGUGUCAUGUUUACAUACAGUUCCCUCUUUGCAUGGUACAGUUACAAGUUUACAAGUCUAAUUUUGCACUCAUGCAGUGAUUUCCACGAUAGAGUCAUGUCUUUUUGCAUCCAGUAGUGGUUCUCAGCCUUUUUUCAAUUGUACAGAGAUUUCACAACUUUUCUACUGUUUUUGUCCUUUUUCUAACUUUAAAAACAUGUUGGUGACAUCCAGUUUAGGAUGAACACAACUUUGCCCUUGUAACAUUUGAUGUCGUCUUUGCACUUUUUUUAACAAAUUCAGAAUUUAGAUUACAAACAAAUCUUCAAGCUUGUUUUUGUCGACAUUUUACAGUUUCCCAUAUUUGGGAGGAAUUAAAGGUGUAGUUAGUUUUCACUGCAAAUAUGAAGUGACAGAAAGGAGACUUAAUAGUAACACUGAGAGCCAGCUGUGACAAAAUCAGCUUACUGUCACCUUGAAAGCUUAUUAAUUAACACAUUAUGCAUUAUUUUUACACUUCAGCUUUCAUCCGGAUUAAAAAAAUGAAGCUGUGAGCUGUUAGUUAGCGAGCUUAAGAAGAGCAGGUAUGAAGAUUUUGAUAGAGCCAGACAGCAGGUUACUCAAAGCAUUUCCAUAAAAAGUCAAACUUGUUUUUUAAAGCUGAGCGUUAUCUCUAGGACACCAAACAUAAAUACAAAUAUACUAUCUUAUUUCAACUGCUUUAGAGGUUUAUCUUGACCUGGUUCAUCUUUUGAGGAUGUUUGGUCCCAGUAAAGAAAAAGAACAAAACUACAUAAACAUUUAUGUUGUAAUUUUUCGGGACUUUCCUGUUCCUGACUCUGUUAUCUCUUAACCCAGCUCUUGACUCUGACAAACAUUAAAUCUCCACAUGGCAUUAAAAAUGUCACUUCUCUGCCACAAUAACCACCAUCACAGGAAUAUACGCUUAUCGCUCAUGAAUAGAGUGAGGAGUAAGGUAGCUGUGUAAAGGAUGGAGGGGAAUGUAUGCAGGUUAAGAUAAAACUGUUUCAUUAUUCAGAAAUGAAAUUCAGUUUUUUCUUCCUCUCUGCCCUCUCUCCUUAUCUUCAUUCUUUCUUGUUCUUUCAGAGGAUGAGACAUUCGAGCUGUGCCUCGGUCUUCAGACUCUGCUGGAACUCAAAGUAAGGUCCUCAUUUGCUUUGCUAAUAUUUGCUGUGCUUUAUUGUGUGUGUGUGUACGUGUGUUUGGGUUGAAAUUGUCACACUGAAUAAGCUCAAAAUCUUGUAGAAGAGUAAACAUUUCAGAGGGAGGAAACAGCAACACAAGCACGAAUUCUCCAAAUAUGAUUUACUGAGUGUGGUGAGGGAAAACUGGGUUGAUUCAUUGUAGUGGUUGAGCUUUUUGUUGGCUGCCCACUGUGCUGACAGAAACACAAAGAGCAAACUGAGGUCAUACUGUGUAGUGGAAAUGAAAUCUGCACAGUGUGAAAAAUGCACUUUGAGCCCCACGGAUAAAAUAUCUGAUUGUCUGACAAUAGAUUUCCCUCUCACUGCAGUAUCUGGUUUUUAUCUCCCUGAUAAUUAAAUCAGGAAAUCAGGACAGUGUGAAAUAAACAUAAUGGUAUAAAUUUCCCCUGAAGGACUAAUGGUACUGCAGGCUCACUCCUAUUCUAAUGCGUUCUCUGCAAACCUUCUUAAAGUAAUUGUGACUAAUGAUAUUAAAAACAAAAACAGGGUUGAUUUUCCUUUAAUUUUUACCAGGCUGUGUUAAAUACUUAAUUAUGAUUGGUUAAAACACCUCAAUAAUGGUGGUUAAUUCAUGAAAGCAAGAGCAAAAGCAGAGACAAAUGCCAGAUCGAAUCAGAACGUCAUGUCAGGUCAACCUGCUGAAAGAAGUCCAACAGACACAUUCAGCUCACUCAAUCAUUAGUGGCUAACAGCAUUGUUAAAUAGCAGAGGAUAUUUGUGAAAUAAGACUUAAUUUAUGUGGGGAGAACCAGACUGAAGAUUCAUGUUAAACAGCAGAAAAAAACACAAAAAGAGGAUGAAGAACAACGCAGAACCUAGCGAGGGAUAUUAGAACCAGAGGUCAGCAAAGUCAAGUAAAAAUCUAACUCUGACUACCAUCAGUUUACCAACAAACACAGCUAGCAUUAAUGCUAAUGUGAAAGCCCGUUGUAAAGGUUUGACAAACCGUCUCCUACACCGAGGGUCGCCACUAUCCACGUCCUGUAUAAGAUUCCAUCUAAAUACAUGAUAUCUAUAAAGAUCCACUUGUUACUUCAAAUCCACAAAGGCUGUAUUCUCAUGCUCAAGUUGUCUGUGAUCCAUCUUAACAUGUGAGAGCAGAGUUUGGAUCCUUCAUCUGUCUCUGGUAAACUAAUUAACUGUCAGUAAACCAAACCCAGCAUAUGCAACAUGAAAAUGAGGAUGUUAAGGAAAUUUGGGUUUAACUUAAAACAAGCGUUUAUCUGAUUAUGUGGAUAGUUAAUAACUAAUUGGUUUACGGGUGUCUGCCUAGGUCUGGUUAAAACACACAAACAUAAAGCAAUCACAAUUACAACAUGAUAACUGUUUGAGCUUUGGCACUGAUAAAGGACUGGCUGAACAGACUACUUUAUGUGAAGAAGACCUUACACAAACCAACAUAACCUAAUCUGCAAGUCCUAUUGUUGCUGUGGAAACACUGCUAACCAUGCACCUGAAGGACUACUUUUUUGGCUGCAUAAAUCAAACAUUCACAAAUUAGUUAAAUAAAAAACACAUUUUCAUUAUCACAGAAUAAAAAGGUGUUGCAAAAGAUGUAGAGCAUACACCUCCAAAAAUUGAGCUAUUUAUCACACUACCAAGACUGAAUUAAGAUAAGGCCUACAGUUACGGGAUUAGCAAACUGUUUGUUUAAAUAACCAUUUAUUCAGCUAACUGACUGUGCGACAUCUGUGAAAAUGUACAUUAUGUAAAAUUUAAAUGAUUGAGGGGAGCAAUGGGUGAGCUAUCCUACAUUUAACUUGGGAAAAUUACUUCCAGCAAAGACUCAAAAAUGGAACAAAUUUUAAUGCAGGGCUUAAAAAAUGUUUCCUUUGAUCAUCCUCCAGCCUCCUCAGUUUUAUCUUGUUUGGAGCCAUUGAUGAUUCACUAAUUAUAUUUCACUCUGUUUCCUCUCAGUGCUGCCUGGACCUGAGCAGCAGGGUCCUCAAGCUGCAGGGCUGCGGUGAGGAACUGCCCUUCCUGAACCCUACGCCAGACAGCCAGUGCCAACACGACACUAACAAGAACCUGUGAGCCCGACGCGACCGUGGCCACUAAUUUUCUCCAAUCUUGACUGGCUGGAGCAAUGAGCAAGAUGCUGUUUGUGUCUGGACUGUCUGACCACAGUGUCUCACACGGCCAGAACAUGGAGGAGCAUAUGCCAGUGUUGUCUCUUGAGUUUACAUGGUUAUGUUUGUAGGGUCAAGGCAUUCACUCUGAUUAUCUCUUAUAUUAAAUUAGUCUUGUUCACAGAGCGGAUGUUAUGAGCCAAUCAGAUCUCUGUGAGUGUCUUUCUUUUUGAUUAUACUGUAUAUCCAGUCCAGUUUCUCUGCUGAUUUGCUCGGUUACACUGAGGGUAUCUUAAAGGGAAUAAACAGCUGUUUUGACUUUUGUGGAAAAUUUUGUAAAUUGGCUGUGAAAAUGAUUUUAAAUCAUUAAGUAAAUGAAAUGUAUUAUCGAAAUCGUAGCUGUUUAAGUGGUUUUACAAGAAAUGGUUUUAUAUUUUGAACAAGUUUCAAGAGUUUCUCCCAUGCUGGUUUCUACAGCCUAGCCCAGUAUAAAGACUGCAAAGGCGGAAACAGCUGGCCAGGUUCUGUCCAAAGGUAACAAAAAACCAUCUGCAAUUGCUUUUUAGGUGCACAAGAAGACUUAAAUUUAACAAGAGAAGCAAUUAGUCCUUACUUUUGGAUUUCACACCAUUGUAUUACAUGCAGUAUUAGCUCAAUAAUCUGUUCCUUCUAACUAACUUUUCCAAGUAUUUCUGGUACCUAAAAUCAUCAAGUACUUGUCGAGUCUAUUAGCUGAUCCAUUAGCUGUUGACAUUUCGAUUGUAAGUUCUCGACUUCUAGCACAGCUGUUAGUUAAUGUUAGUUAACAGCCUAUAAGUUCACAGUGUCAUUGUUUGCAUUUUAACCAGAAGUUAGUUGAAAAAAAGGUUGACUAUCAUCCCCUGACCUUAAGCUUGUGGUUGUAGCAGUUAGCGCUUAACUGUUAGCUAAAUUAUUUUUUAGUAACAUCUUCAAUUACUACUUACUAGUUCUAGAUAUAUUUCUACAAUUUUCUCACUUGUUUUUGGAUGACAGUUUCAACUGUUAGCUGAAAAAAAAAACCAAGAUUUAACAGUUAGCUAAGUCGUUUUUGGCUAAUUGUUCCAACGGCUAGCUUAAUUAUUUCAGCCAAGAUUUUGUUGGUGAGCUCAAUUCUUUUGGCUAACUUUUCCUAAAAGUGUUAGCUCAAUUAUUUUUGCUAGCUAAGUCCCCCUUUUUUAAAAUCAUUGUUAGGUUUGUAAUUCCGCUACAGUUAGCAGUUAGCUCAUUUUUAGCUUACUUUGCUUGUUAGCUUUAGGUGAGCUGUUAUAUUUUUAUCCAUAGUAAAAAGGUAAAUUUUGAAAAGAUUUUUUACCUGAGCCUUGCAGUUAAAUCAAUAAUGUCUAGUUAACUGAUUUAACCUCUGUUUUCACUGUUUUUGCUUUGUUGUUAUUUGCAGCUAACUUAAGGCACAGAUAUUGUCCUCUUAAGAAAAUAUUACAUUAAUUUUAAAUAUUAGAUUAGCUUCCUGAAAGUCUGAACACUUAUUAUUGGGGAUGACUUGAGCAACGAGAAAAAAGUAAAGAUAAACAAUGCUAAAACUAUUUUUGGACAGAGCCAAGCCAGCUAUUUUAGGAAGAUUUGCUGGCUGUGACCAUCACUUUUGGCUUUUCGAAUAAAAGUGGUGUUGAUAACCUUCUGGGCCUCUUGAUGAAAAACAAACAUGCUUAUAACUCAAAACUGUUCAUUUUAAGAGUCAUUAUGACUUAUCAGAAAAGUCAGUACUCAGGAUGCUCUUUCUAGCGGGUCAAAGGAAAUUUUCAGAAGCUUGAAGUGUUUUGAAGUCUUGUACAAUUGGGUCAGGAUCAGGCUACCUCUUUGAGAAACAAGGUAGGUUUUUAAUCAAGAAUUUUUGAGGAUAUUUUAGGGAAAUACUAAGGUAACUGAUGUAUUUGUGCUCAGCUUUGUAAAGCCCCUUUGCUCUUUCUUUCCCAAUCAGAAAACGUAAUCGCUGAAGUUUUCCAGGAGCACUACUACAGUCAAGACUGGAUUCAAGUAGUUCCUCUAUCAAUCCUCUAAUAAAAAUAGACUUCAGGCCAGCUAAACAUAUACGAGUCAGACGACAGAAAUAUGAAAACAUUCCAUCUGCAUGACUUUGUAAAGUUCUGCCUUUGUAUAAGUCUGCAUGUUUGUGCAUUAGUCUGAUUGUGUCAUGCUGAGAGUCUGAAGGGGGCUGUAAGUAUGUGUUUCUGUGUGCUAGUAAGGAGUUGAAGCUGGGGGGGUUUCUGCCUUGUUUUUGGCUCUUCUUUCACACGGGAAAAAAGUGAAAUAUCUUCCCCAGACCGGUCCACCGAACUUUGGACAGAACAAGCUGCCAAAAGCCAGCCCCAGCUGCCUUCCCUCUCUGCCUCUUUCAGGAGAUUUUACCCAUCUUUAUUCAGAGGACCUGUCUUCUUUGUGUAUCUAACACCUUUUUAGGCUGAUGUUAUUAACUUUGACACAACCAGUUUGCUGAUUUGAACGAAAGGAACUUCCCUCUUUAGUGCCACCUGCCUUUCUCGUCUCAGUGUUUUUUUUCAUGGCGUGGAGAGUCAAAGACAGCCUCAGAUUUAGCCGCCGUGCUUGGCAUCAGCAACACCUGAGCCGUGACGCGCUUCUGACUGUGCUACAGUAUUCGUCUCACCUCUUCUUGGAGGUGAUCCACGCAUAGUUUUGGCGAUGUUUGUUUCUCUUUGACGUGCUUGUGACCUUCCUAUGCCGUAUGAGAGGAGUCGAUGUAUAACAGAAGUUUAUUUUUGGUGUUUCUCUUCUUCUGAACAGUAUUUUCUCUGCCUAAUAAAAUAUGUAUUCUGGCUAGCUCUGUUUGCAUUCAUGUUUUUUAUUAUGAACUGGAGGAAAUACAGGCCUAUUUUAAAGCAUUGCCAUGCAAAAGGUUUGGUGUUUUAAUCCUCUAAUCUCUGUCUGUCUGAGUCAUGUGAAUCACAGACUGGUUGUGGGAGGUUUCACUAAAGGACAGCCAGAGAAGCCUGUUAGAAAAAUUUUGGACCCUCAUUUUGAUUCCCAUGGUCUGUACUCCCAAAACACCCCUGUAUGUGCCCUUCACUGGUACAUGCUGCUAUAUUAAGAACCCUGUCCUGUUCAGAGAGAGAAAGCAGAUGUUCCCACUGAGACAUGGUGUUCUGAAAAUCAACCCCUCUGACCAAAGAAGGUUUCGAUUCCACAAAGACAUAAAAACAAGUCAACCAAACCAAGUCAAGACUUUCAAAGUGAGUCUGAUGUCAAAUUUGAGGACUUAAAAUCCUGAGGAGAAGGUCGAAUUCCUUUUUUCAGGUCUCAAAUUGCAGAACCAAGUACAGUUAUUUAAUAUCUAACUUUCAGAUGGAUCAAGAUGGUUAAUUCUUUUAUGGAAAGGCAUUAAUAUGAAUUUCAAUCUUUUCAUAGAUGUCCAAAAACCCCUUACAGGAGUUUUAGAUUACUAGAACAUUCAUCAGUAUUUCUUGUAUCAGAUAACUGAUUGAUCAUAAUAAAUUCAACCUUCUCACAUAGCACAAACUAUAUUGGUUAUUUCAUAUUUCAUCAGCCCCCCCUUGAAAAAGCAUUUUAAAGACAUCACACUGGACUCUGAGAUAUUGGAUCUGCUCUCUGUGUAAUUCUUUCUCUUUAUUUAAUGACUUUAUUGUAAGAUUGAAGUCAACAGAUACAAUUGUAGCAUUGGGAGGUUAGCAUGUGGCUUUAGUCUUUGCAUGUGGCUUUAGUCUUUGUUUGUUCAUCAACAGCAACCAAAAAUUAAAAAGUUCAAUUAUACUGAGAGUUGGUGGCAGUGGCCAAGACAGAACUAAUUUCAGUUUUGGAUAACAUGCAUUUCACAAACUCAAAAUAAAACUAACUUGUAACAUCAGAGUCUAAAAAAGUCUAAAAAAGUCCAGCUGAAUCAACAACAAAGACAAAUCUGCUCUGGUUCUGAGUCACAGAACACAAAUCCAAGGAGACUGGAUCAACUUGAAUCAACAAAACUUUUGUCGGGUUUUUGUUUUUUAUCCUCUUACACAUUCCACCAGGACUAAUCAGGAAUGGUAACAUGUAAUGCUUGAUUUUCUUCUUGGAGAAAUUUGAUUUGGAAGUGUUGCACACGCUCAGCUGCAUCCACAACAGUGCCAAUCAAUAAAAGUCAUGAAUGAAACAUGGUCCUUGGUUUUAUGAGUUCGAUCUGAGUUAGCCAAGUGAAUGCAAAACAGGAUUUCAAGGCUGAUUUGUGAAUUUUGAUAUUUGUUUAAAAACAGUUUUUUUUUUCUACCAUGAUAAAAUCAUUGUUGCUAUGAUAUAAAAGACUUGAAAAUCUGAUGAUAAAAUUUUGUGCUUGUAGUUUUCUAGGGAAAUCUGGUCAAAACAAUUCUGUUCUAAAGUAGUUCCACAAAUUUUAUUAGUGGUUGCAUGCGUCAUAGUUAGUGUUUGAUGAGAUAAGGUUCACACAGUUAAACCACUUUUUGGUAAUAUAUGGGUCAAGACUUGAAAAUUGCACAUGGUUGUGUUGUGAGUCUUGUAAAUCUGGACUGAACAAAGAUAUUCAACCAGAAACUCAUUUUAAAACCAGUUUUAACACAUUUCUUAAGUUGUUGUGGACAUCUUUUAAAUAUUGUUUAAUCAAUAAUUUAUAUUAAAACAUUUUUUUACCUUUAAAGAUCAUUAUACUUUUUGUUUAUAGCAGUUUGCACCUUAAUUGUUAUACUUCAAAAACACCCAACACCCAUUAACAGCACUUUGCAGCUGCAGCAGAAACCUCGAACAGGACCAGACUUACUGGAAACAGUCAUCUGCCCUAACAGAACGGCAUCAGGUGUUAAACUGCACAGCAGCUCAAGUGUCCAAUGAUAUCAGCCCAAAAGGGAAAGUCCUUCACCGAUUUUAUUUUUCAUUCAGGGACACAUCUGCAUUGGUCUGAUAUUUAUUCCACUUUACACAGCUGUCUCAUCUCAAAAAGGUAAACUACAUUAAUCUUGUCAGGACUGUCAGGCCAUGUUUUCCCCCGUUUCAGCUCAUGUGACAGCUCCCAGCACCAACAAGAUACUACAGGAGAAGAACAUAACAGGAACACGAAAUUACAGCGAGCGCUGUCAGAGACGAUCCCCCUCAGUACGCCCCCUCUCUCCUUUUGAGUCACUUUACACACCACAUCCUGUUAUCACUACGGCAGGCGACACCUCUGCUAUAGGAAAGUACCACGAGCAGCACGUUUCUGUCUCCUCUGGUGUUUUAUAUAAAUGCAGAACAAUUGCUCCGUCUGAAAACCACAGAGCUGGAGGCUUCAACGGUCAUCAAAAGUAACUGGAAAAAGGUUGAGGCUCGACUUUUUGACCUUUAAGUACGGCUCAGGCAGCGGCUGAUGCUUGUUUGUCUGUGCUGUCAAGGUGUUGCAUAAAGCAGAUGUCUAUUGUUAUUUGGAGAGCAGGCUUUGAUGGGAGGAUUGCAGUAAAAGGGGGCUCACUCAUCUGCAGUGAUGACUAAUAUAAAUCUCAACCCAGAGGAGUAAGAGCACACAGAGCAACAGGAUGAUCUCUGUAGGCUUUCAGGUCUCAUGAGGAAUGAAUCAUCUGAGGCCAUACACAAGCGUACAGUAAACCUCCUGUGUGCUUGACAGCCCAUGAAAGUGUAUUUAUGGAUAAUCAUUAGCUAUCAAGGUCGAGUGUAGGAGUUGAAUGUAGAAAGGUCCUCACUUCAUUGCACUGAAGCACCGGGUUAUAGAUAUUGCACUCUCAUCCCUGCUCCUAACGGUCGCUGCUGUUGUGAUUUAGCAGGCAUGUGGCGUCUUUACCUGACCUUUUACGGCUGGGCAUUUACAGUGUCGGCUAAGAGCUGCUCUAUAUUUUUCUUGAAUGCCAAAAAUCCUGUGAAAAGGCCAAAAAGAGAUGUGCUUUUCGUUCCCUCAGCACUUUUUCCCUCCCUUGUGGUGUUACUUACUCAGAAACCCAUUUAAUCCUAUCGAAGUAGAAAGCCCUAAAAAGGCUCAGAAAUACAGUUUGACAUUUGUCGCAACUGAUCAUUGAUUCCUGUCUUAUGGCAGUUUGUGUAGCGGUAACGGAAAAACGAUAUGAUGUGAAAAUUUUGUGUCCACAGAUGUUACCUGUAGUCAUGACAUGGUUAAUACGUUGGUCUGUCUACCAAAUUUAACACUAUUGAAGAGCCACUCCGAUAAAUAUCAUGUUUUUCUUGUUGUCUGUAUGUUCAUAUGGCAUUUUACUAAGAACAAAGUUGCAUUUCUGGGUAUACCUCUCACAGAUCCAAAUGGCAAGUUGAAACACAGUGAGACUUCCUAUGUCACAAAUCCAAGCUCCGCCCCCAACUCACUGUUCUGAAAGCUUUAAUCCUGUCCACAAAGACAUUAGUGUCCGAGAGCUGAAUAGCUCCUAUGUCAUCUGCUACUUCUACUACACUGGCAAUAUAAGGCUGCGAGCUAGCAUGAAGAAGAGUGUGUAGAGCAGCACUGUCUCCGCCCACAACAGAAGUGAAUUGCUAAUAAGCUACUGGAGCUCUGCAGAAGAAAAGCUCUUGAAGAUGACACAGGUAACAUGACUUUGGUUAAAAACUUAAUAAUCACAAUUUAACGACCACUAAUACCACUUUAAAGGUAAAAAAAAAAAAUACAAUGGGAGUGGGACUUUGAGCAAUCAUGUGUAAACAUUAGCCAAUACUAUUGAAGCAUAAACCAUAAUUUUUUCUUUUACCUUUUUGGGCUCUAACUUCUACAAACAUUAACCUUCAAUCAACCACCACAUUGCUGCUAUAUUUGGCUUUGAAAUCAUGAUUUGGGUUUUUCUUGAAAUAUAUAGAAUAAGAAUUAUUGCUUUUCUUAAAAUUUUGAGAUUUUGCAUGAAAAUGUAGAAUAUGCAGGCGGAAGAGCCGGGCUUUGUAGAUGGAAGAGUUUUGGUUUCAUUAGCAGAAAAACAAUCUACGCAGACAGCAAAGGGGCCAAACUCAAUUACUGUAAUGCAACACUAGAGUGCUUUAGUGAUUAUUGGUGAUUAGUGCUGCUUUAAGUUACUUCUUUCAACCAUAGACUGAAUAAAACAUGGACUUGGUCUCUUAUAUGUCACCUACUGUAUGCUGCUCAACAAAACUUCCAGUCUAUCAAGGAACCAAAAGAGGUGGAGAGGAGGAAGGCUUUUGGUAUCCAACAACCACAAUAUGCCCUACGGUCAAUUAAGCCAGUUUCAAAUGCACUAACAAAUUCAAGCAAUAUGAGCCCUAAUGGUGUCUUCAGGGAGGCUUUCACACACCACAUGAAAGCCUCCCUGUUAUUCUAGUCUCAACAUUGUCAAUAAAAGCUCCAAAUUCAUAAACUGUGCGGUGUCUAGUGAGGUUUUCAGCCCAUUGAGCACACAGAGUCCAGUUUCACAACAACACAGAGUGUUUUUAUGGUCAAAUGUUAGUCGAAAUCACUCACUUUCUGGACUUGACUUUUGUUCCUCUGUGUAGUGUUUCAGCACAAAGAAAUCAGUUGAUUGAAAAAAAGAGGGGACAACGAUUGAUCUUCUGGCGUCCAUGUGACGUGUUCUUAAUCC